AUGACAAGCUUAAUCACUAGUCCAAGACAAGAGUUUUCCAAAAAGCUACCCGCUUUGCCAGUGAUUGAACAUCCUAGUUCGCGACGAACAGACGACAAUAAUGUCGACCUACAAAUUCGUGGCAGUUCACGAGAAGAAAACAGUUCUGCUUUGCAGGAAUCACAUGGUCCUUUGCCGCCGUUGAAGAGAAGAACAAGCCAACGUGUAUCACAAGGACAUUCAAGGGUUCUAACUUGGCCGAUUGGUGAGGCAUUGUUUUCACUCUAGUUUUUAUUACCUCAUUAGAAUCCAUAAAGGCAGGCAAUAAACGCUAUGGCGGUGCUAAAGUUAAGUCCAGAAUUAAACAAUGCAAGGCGCCUGUGAUGAAGAGAUAAAGGUAUUAAAGCUAAUUAUAUUUAGCUGUUUCAUUUCUGAUCCAAGUGUUUUGAUAUAUAGCUUCAGAUUGAUCAAAAAUCUUUCAUCCUUUAAUAGGAAUAAUAUUCAUGAGCUUAUUAUAUUUAUUGAACUUGGAAGGGUCGUGGGCAGUUUCUUUGUUCUUUUUGACAUAUCACUGGAUUUUAUUCCAUGGUAAAUAUAUCUCAAGCAAGUGUGUUCACACGCACUACACCAAAUCCCAUGGUAAAAGAGUGAUUUACCAUUAGCUGUAAAUCUGUCCCAUGUAACCGCACCUAUAAUGUCUGUGAUAUCUUUCAAGCAUUAAUAUUAUUUCAUUCUACAUUGUAUUUUAUCUGGGCAUGCGGGCACAUAUAGGGAGUCUUUGCACCAGUGUACUUCACCACUAGGACAAAUCAAAAUUACUUGUUGUUGUUUUUGUGAAGCAUGUCAGCUCUUGGUUUACAUUAUAUAUUAUCCCUUAUGGUACUUGGAUAGUAUUGUGUAUUUUUAUGGAUCAGUAUCUCUAGAAUUUGUGAAACACUUGGUUGAGAAAAAAAAUAAUUUAAAUUUAAAUCAUUGGGUUCAGAUCGAGUCAGUCACUCUUAAAAGCAUUAUAAGUAUAUAUAAUUAUUUUGAUAGAAAUUCAAAUUUUUUGCUCCCCUAUUAGUGGAUAGGAAUAAAUAUAUUGCACUUUGAUGAGAGUGAGGUUUCUUUGCACUUACGUCAUUGUUUCACAUGACGUUUAUACCAACUUAAAGUUAUUAUAAGUAUUCGUAACAUUUUCUUUCUAAAAGGAGGAACUGGUAAAAACAGUGGUGGUGGAUCAGCAUGGGAAACUCCUCUACACAAGCGUACACCAGAAGAAGUGAGUUGUAAUUUGUUUUUAAUUUGCUUCACUUUUCAGCCCUUCAACUUCAUCCAUUCAAAAAUUGUCACUUUUGUUUAAACCUAACUUAUUGUCCAUAAAAAUGCAAAGAUAUCCAUAUCCAGCCAUCUUGACCUUAUGGUUGGUCAAUAACGCAUAUUAUUAUAAUUUGUACUCACUAUCUGUCUUCUCAUUGGCUAUUAAAGAGCCUAUAGCUAAUUUUGGAAAUCAGCGCAACCCACAGAUUAGUUAGUUAUAUGCUAGCUGAUAACUGAGUGAUCUGUAGGUUGCGCUUGCAAUGCAUGAUUUCCAAUAACCAAUAUCAAUUCAGGUUCAUUGCAACGGUGUGUCGGUCAUUAUUUUCUUCAACACGAUGUAUAAUAUUAAAAACAAUUACUGGAUUCGGUUUUUGUGAUAUCCCAAAUAAUCAAGGUCUCGGUAAGUGUUAUCAGCCUCGGCCUUCGGCUUGACUGAUAACACUUACCUUGACCUUGAUUAUUCUGGUUGUCACAAAAACCUCAUCCAAUGUGAAUAAUAUUAUUGUUUAUUACAUCUUUGGCAGGUUUCUGCUGAGAGUGAACAAAAAAAACACAGAUUCUGUUUAACCCCUCUAAGUCCCAAUAGUGACCAAAAUCAAUUUUCUCCCAACAAUAUCAAUGCGUAAUUAAAAAAAAAAGUUUAUGAGAAUGAAUAAAAUGAUCACCCAAGGGAAAAUGCUUUGAUCUUUGAACAAAUUCUCUCAACUAAUUCUGUAAGGAAAUGUAUGGAGAACAGUUUGGAGAAUUUGUAUGUAGAUCUAUAUCAGGGCUUUAAGGGUUAAGAGAGUGAUCAGCUCCCAUCAUUUGGAGGUGUCCAAUAAGGGCAGUGGUAUCUUUUCAUGUGUUAUUGAUAUAGUAUUGGUUUACCCUUGAAUAAUGGACACUGUCACUUAUUACAGCUUGAAGAACUUAUUCAUGAAAAGCUGGUAACGAGAAUCAAUGGGUUACGGCAAGCUUUCCGUUCUAAUGACCCCAUGGGCAAGGGAAAUGUAUCAAGGUAAAAUAAUUAUUUUAAAAUUUAAUUUAUUUGAAAAAUUGUACAUGUAUGCAGAACAUUAUCAUUUUGUAGACCAUUAGAUUUAAUAGCUUUGUUCAUUUAAGAGCACUGUGGUGUCUACAAGUUUGACAAGGAGAAGUAAUUUUUAUUUCGCUGCUCCACCCUUUUAGUACCCCCAAACAGCCAACUCUUAUGCCUGUAAAAUAAUAAAGAAAAGUGAUAGCAUUUCAAAGGUGGCUUUAAAUUAAUCAACAUAGUUCAUGUAAGGUACAUGUACUUCACUUUGUGUAAUUUGUAUUUAUUACUUCUAUUCAUGCAUGUCUAUUAUUUUUCUCUUAUCACAUGCAGGGAAGCACUUGUUACAAUUUUGUAUCAUUUAUGUGGCUACCUUACAACGGAGCAAAUAAAUGGUCUCCUGAAAAGGUGAUAAACUUUGUGUAUGUAUUGUUUUAAUCAAAGACAAUUAAUUUUACAGUCUUUUGUAACUUACACAUAUGAGGGCUUGACAAUAAAUACAUUGUAUGUACUAGUGUAGUGGUCUGCACAGUAAAUCAACUUAAGUUCAUUCUUCCAUUGUACAUGUUGAUCUAUGGCUUAACAGUUACUAUUGACUUGUACAAAACUUGUUAGCCCACUGAUGAAAACAUUGUUGACAGUGAGACAGAAGGGGAGGCUUGCUUUUUCCUUUAUGAUGUAGAUACGUAGGGGAGUAGGGGAAAUUUUGAAGGCUUGAUUUUUCCUUUAUGAAGUAGAUGCAUGUUUAGAGGGGGAGUAGGGGAAGGGAAGGCUUGCUUUUUCCUUUAUGAAGUAGAUACAUGUUUAGGGAUUGUAGCUGAAGGGAAGGCUUGCUUUUUGUUUGAUGAAGUAGAUAGAAGUUUGAGGGAGGGGGGUUAGUUGGGGAGGGGAAGGCUUUCUAUUUCCUUUAUGAAUUACAUGUAGAUACAUAUUUUGGGGGGAGUAGGGAAUGGGAAGGCUUGCUUUUUCCUUUUUUAAGUGGAUGAAUUUAACGAAAGACUUGGUUUUUCCUUUAUGAAGGAGUUCCCUUAGUGUCAGCAAGAAUAACGUGGGACACUAUAAUGCUUAGUUUCUCACCUUUCUGACCCUAUACCUUCCUUCAGUCAUGCAUUGUACCAGAAAGGGGGGUACUCAACAAAGUCUUAAAUAGGGAGGCUCUGCCCCAAGGUCCAAACUCCUUACCCUUUUAUAUACAUGAGCCAUUUUUGACAGAAGGUAUUCCUUUCCUAUACCUUAAUUCUUUUGACUAAAGUAGUACCCCUUUUGCAUACCUAGUUUAGGAUGUAAUUGCUGUAAAUUCACUGUCCUCUAUAAUAAUAUGAAUAAUAUAAUAAUCAGAAAGUUUUAUUGACUUUUUCCCAACCAUAAAGUGCAUCUGUUGGCAUUUUAGGCCUCUUUACAGAUCGAAAUGACAGAUUUUCCUAUCCUUUCAUAUACUUCAAAAAUCCCUACCAUCUCAUAUACCUGAAACCUGAAGUAGGUGGAACCCCUAUCUGGUGGAGCCUCCCUGUAUCGGCCAUUUUAAAGAGUACCCAACGAGGGCAUUGUACACGUUUUACUGAAAUGUAAUGAACUCCUUGAUUUGUUUGACUGUAGGCUGGGGCUGGACACACAAAGUACAAUUUCAUUUGAAAGCUUUGUCAGCCAUUUCCAAGACAACGAGGUGACAAAAGCUUUUCAAAGUCUUAAAUCAAGUAUCAGUAAUUUUUUGAGAUUGAGUAAACGCAUCUUGCUUAAAUGUGCACUAAACUUUACUUGAUCAUUUUUAAAUGUCUGUGAUACGAUAAUUAAAAUUAUCGUAUAAUAGAAUGAUUAUUAAGUACCAAACAAAUAUGUAAAGAAAGGAAAUAGUAAGGCUAUUGCCCCCCAAUUUGUGGACUUCUGCUUACAUAGACUGGUACAGCUGUAGCAACAGUCUUAACUGAAUUACGUAAAAUAGUAUUCAGAUACGUACGUAUUCGGUUAAACGCUUCGGUGUUUAUUAGAUUUUUAGCGUUUCCGAUGCAUUUGUAAAUGUUAUUUAAAAGACAAAGGUGUUAAAAGUUCUAAUGUCUCGUGUCGAUUGUCUGAUUGGUGAAGAUUACAAAGUUGUACCGCGAAUUUUUUCGUAUCACCGUGGAAGAAACGCCGCAUUCUUAUAAUUGGUUGAGGUGUUCAUUCGAGAGCGACCUUUUUUGGUAAUUUAUCUUCCAUCUGCGGCGUUUAUUUGAAAGGCAAAUUUUAAUUCAUUAAAUACUAUAAAUGAUAAUGUUCUAUUUCUUUUCAUCGUGUUUGACAGUCUCUGACCAAGGCAUGGGUGGAUCCUGUGGUUAGACCAACUGUUUAUGCCGACAACUUCUCCAACCUGCCAGCUAACAGGCUACGACAAAAGCAGAGAGAACUUGCACUGGAACAGAGGCAUGCGGCUUUGAAAAAAGGGAGAAAGAACACACCACCUAAAUUUUACUCAGCACUGGAAGCCUUUCCUCAACUGAAACUAAGAGCCCAACAAGGGUGAGAGUAAAAACCGUUUGAGUUUUUAGACGAAAGGUUUCACUCAGUGUCUUAUAACCAACAUCAUACACAGUGGUUACACUGUAGCCAUUUUGGUUAGAUUAAGUGGUUUUUCUUUUAUAAAGGUGCAAACAAUAAGAACAGAAAAUGCUAGGUAUGGAAUUCAGUAUGGAAUUUCUGCAUUUGUUUCUCUGACGUCAUUUCGCCAAGAAACCAGUGGUGGCGUCGAGAAAUGUCGGCUGUUUGCUUAGGUUAGUUAUAAGGAGGAAAUAACUAAUAGAAAAUUAAUUUGCACUGAAAUGCUGUAUCGUGUUCAUUGCUGGUUUAUACAAUAUUGCAACUUGAAGAUUAGAAUGUCUUAAAUGUGCAUUUACAUGUACCACAGAGCAACUCUUAAGGUGAUGUAUUUGACGUAUUUCUUUUACAGGAAACUCUCCUAUAAGAAAAGCUUUCCACCAUCUUGUUUUGACGUUGAUGGAAUGGUACUGAAGCCCCAGCUAAGGACUGCCUUGCAAGUGUUAGGAUUCCAGAUGUACGAGGAAGAAUUUGAUAAAGUCUGGGACAGGUAUUACUAUACGACUACACAGUAUGUCCGUUUAUUAAAUCUGUGCAUUGCUUCUUUAUAUACAGCAUAGUUAACGUAGUCACUUACAUCGAUGCUUACAGUAAAUGCAAGUCCGAACCAGUUGAACUCGGGAUGACUGAGAAACAAAUUCAGCUAGUGGUUGGAGUGGCACUCGACCCUGGACCGCUGGAUUGACGCGCCGACCACUCGACCACGCUUAGCCUGCGAGCAAGCUCUCCAUUUGGGGGAUAUCGUGGGACACUAACACAAUAGCUCGUCGAAAUGACGCAUUUUCCCUAACCCCUCCCCCCGGUGCAGCGUUGACGUUAUGCAUUCCAGUCUUGUUCAAUACAAUCAAUGUUGCUUGGGAGAGAGGGGAACAACAGAAAUAGGCUCUUACAACAAUAUUUUUCAAGUUUUUAUAAGAAGUAAACUACGAUUUAAUUUAGCAAAGUGCGCCUUCUCGCCUAAUUUCCUCAAGUGUUGCAGAUAUUUUGACCAGGGUUGUAGCCUCCUUGAUCUCACGGGAGCGCCUGUGUGACUCUCAAUCAAUGACCUUGACCUUGUUUGAAAGCGGAUAAUAGCCGGUCUGUCUCAUUUCGGUUACUCUGCAGUGGCACCGGUCAGCGUCAUAACUGUAGUGUUCUUUAACGUAGUUACAAAUUAUUCACAGUGCUUGCUGCUCAAAUAGUCUGUGCUGUAGUAACGAGUUUCCAUGUAUUGCCACAGUGUACCUUACUUCCACGCUGACAUUUUGAUUCACUUGUAUUAAUUUUCAUUAUUUUAGGUUUGAUAGAACAGGAUUAGGAGCUGUGGAUUCAAUGACUUUCUUCAAAACACUUGGAAUAAGUCCCUUUUAUGGUACAUAAAACAAACUGUGUUUUAGGGAGCUUCAGCAUCUAUGACUGCGACGCCAUCCAAAAUAUCACUGAUAACAUUAACUUGCAUUCUUUGAAACUUGCUCGCAGUUUUAGUAUCUCGCUUAGUUUAUCAAAUGCAGGCAAUUUUUUGAAGUUUCAUUCUUCGGGACCGCGUCCAAGUUCGCCUUUCUUUAUUUACGUCAACCAUAAAUUUCACGUGCAGUUAUGUGGCAAAGAGAAGAGCCAAAAUAAUGUUUAACGCACGCACAGAGUUGUUGUUUUGCUCCUUUCAACCUAUUGCGUUUUACACGUUUUUGUUGCCGUUAGCGUCGUCGUUGCCAAAGUCUCCCAUUGUAUUCUAAUGCACAUAGAAGCUCUAUAAUAUUACUUACAGUGUAUAUCUAGCCGCAUUUUUUAAAACGUUACUGCCAAAUAGACCUUUUCCGUCAGUUUAGCCAUUAUAAAAACUAUGAUUGCAGCCAUUGCUUUGUUUUCUCUUCUCCUCUUUUCGUCCUCCUCGCUCUUUCUCUUUCUCCUCUUCUUUUCCUUCGUGAGGGUGGAUUUCUAUUGUCGCGUAAUUUUUACGUUCUUACCUGCGUAAAGCCGAUUUAAGCUCGCCAAUAAAAUAGAGGCAAUGUAUGAAAGGUCCCUCUAAAUCGCUCUUAAACUUCACGUUUAAGCUCAACACUUUAUAUCUUUAAUGAAUUACAAAUAAUAUAGGAUAAGCAGAAAAAAGGAGAGGCGAGGAGACCUAAGAGAAGCUAUAGAAACUAUAUGUAUACUCCUCUAUGUUAUUUACACGAGUAAAAUUUACGUUCGUGUACAGGCACAUAGAAAUUACGCGAGAGUGGAAAUCCGUCCUUAGUGUGAUUAUCGAGCUUCUCGGGCGCAAAAAAUCUACCUUUUGCCCCUUUUCCCCUCAAAUGACUGCAAAUUUUGUUAGGUUCGUUUUUAAAAAAUCCGCCCGAUAUAUGUCAUAUACAUUGUAAUUAUUUCUUUAUGUCAGAACAUCACAAGAAGGUAAAACCGCUCCCGUCAUUUAAAGCAAACAUUGAAGAGAAAAAAAAAACAGUCCCUAUUGAGAAUGAAACGGUUCCUGGACAGGAGGAGGCAAAAACACCACCACCGGCUAAGGACAAAAAGGAUUCAGAUGUGCUGGAGACAGAACAAGACAACAGUCUUGAAAAUGUUAUGCGCUUGUUUUCUGAAAAGGUACAUGUAAAUUAUAAUUGUAAAAUGAGGGACUCUUGCGAGCGAACGUAGAUCAAGGUAAAAGGUUGUGCAUUUUGGAG